GAGAAGAGAGAUAGAGAGAGAAUCGUGGAAUUCAAAAUUACAAGGCUUCUCUCUCUACUCCGCCCCUACUACUAGGUUGCCGAUUUCGCUUUAACGGGACUCCACUUCAACUGCGGCCGCGACGCUCCGGCCUUUCAAUUGCAGUCCUUCUCUCUCUAAAAACACGUCUAUCUCUCUUGCAGCCCUCAUCUUCUUCUUUCUCGAAAACACUCACUAUCCCUUCUCUUCUCUCUGUAAAAAAUACUCUCUUCAAUUGCAGUCCUUAUCUUCUUCUCUCUCUAAAACCGCAGUAUACUCUUUCUCUAGAUCAUUUCACUCUCUUCAGAGUCCUCUGAUUUCUUCACAGGCGUCUCUCUCUCUCGGCUUUCUCUGACAUUGGAGGCUUCCCACAUUAAGGAACUGAGUAGAAGCCAGAGAGAGCUGCUUAUCUAUGGAUCGGAUUUGGAAAAGAGCAACAAAAAAUUUUGUUAUAUGAUAAGACACCAAAAUGAUGGGAUCUUUUGUCACCAGGGCUCUUGUAUUGGCUUUAGGGUACACAUACCCUGCAUAUGCCUGCUUCAAAACAGUGGAAAAAAACAAGCCAGAGAUUGAUCAACUAUGUUUUUGGUGUCAAUAUUGGAUCAUAGUUGCAGUGCUGACUGUCUUUGAGAGGGUUGGAGAUACUUUUGUUUCAUGGGUACCGAUGUAUAGUGAAGCAAAAGUUGCAUUCCUUGUUUAUUUGUGGUAUCCAAAAACAUUGGGAACAUCCUAUGUGUAUGAGACUUUCUUGCGGCCGUAUGUUGCAAAACAUGAGACAGAAAUUGAUCGUAACUUGCUUGAGUUGAGGGCAAGGGCCGGGGACAUUGUUGUUCAAUUUUGGCAAAAGACUACAAGUUAUGGUCAGACAAGGAUAUUUGAAAUUCUUCAGUAUGUUGCUUCACAGUCAUCGAGGCCUGCUCCUGCUCAGGUAUUAACUAGAAUCUUAGAUGGAUGCAUGAGGUCGAGUGAUAAGGAUAGUGUUGAUGAGUGAUGACAAUACUGUGGCGAACUAUAUGAAUCUUAGAUGCUUUUUGUUGAAGUGCAGGUAUUAACUAGAAU